ACAUUGACCCGGUGUUUGUUCAGGUGCAUUCUACCGGAGGUACUCUAGUCUCCAGUACAGGAGGAGGUGGUGUACCGGGUACAGAGUACAUUAAACAGAGGAGGGAGAGUACAAGUAUGACGAUGGAAACUAUCCAGCACACACUCUUCAAACAAGAAACUGUUUAUAAAGAGUCAAACUCAGAGUCAAGGAAUAACAGUCGAAAUAUCCCAAUCCAGUUCUCCGGCGAGGCUUCAGCUUGUGUUGCCCAUGGCGAGGGACUAGAUCGACCCCGGGUUGGUCGACAGAACAGUUUCCUAGUCGACUGUAGUGCAGGGGGAAGUAAUGUUCUGUUUGUCGGAGUGUAUGGCCCUGAUACACCCUGUGAAGAGGUUCAUGUCAGACAUGAAGGCAACAAGGAGUACAGGGUGACCUAUUCUCUCCGUGAAGAAGGACAAUAUCUUCUCUUUGUGAAAUGGGGAGAAGAACAUAUCCCUGGUUCACCUUUCCAUAUCAGUGUUUAGUAAUCCAACCUUUCCAUAUCAGUGUUAACUUAACUGGAGAAAUUCAACCUUUCCAUAUCAGUUUUUAAACUAAACCAGAGUAAUCCAACCUUUCCAUAUCAGUGUUUAAACAAAACUGGAGAAAUCCAACCUUUCCAUAUCAGUGUUUAAACUUAAUUAGAGAGAUUCAACCUUUCCAUAUCAGUUUUUAAAACUAAACCAGAGUAAUCCAACCUUUCCAUAUCAGUGUUUAAACUAAAUUUGAGAAAUUCAACCUUUCUAUAUCAUAACCUUUGAAUUAAACUUAAGAAAUCCAAUUGAAACCCUGCAGGUCUAAAAACCUAAAAAUAAAACCCUGAAAGUUUAUAAAUGAACCCCUGCUCAUGUUCAACUAUUGUCCAUGACAAAGUAACCUUUGCUAUUUAUACAAAAUGCAGAGGAAUAUAUUUUUUUAAACUAACACAAAAAGGUCUGUUUUUAAUUUUAUGAAUGCUAAUUCGGAAAGAUUUUAAAGUAGUGCAUGGCAGAAAAUAUGUAAAGAUUUAUUUUUAUUAUUUUGUUUUUGAAUGUUUUGUUAAAUAACAUUAAGCUGAAUGAGAAGGUGCAUUGUAUCCUUGUGAUUAAAACAAAGACGACAUUUUCUUCCCUCCAUUUCUGUUCUGCUGUUAACCGUAGUACUCGGCUCCUGAUUGGCUGUUGGUCCGGCAGUCAGCUGAUGCAUGGUAUUUCAGUGCUGCCUGUCUAAAAUCCCGUUUAAGUUUUGAUCUGGACUUGUUCUUUGUAAAUGCUUGGAUCAAAUCCAGAUCAGGGUCCUAAAACCGGUUUAAAACCGGUCUGAAAACUGAAUCGGGCUUUAUGACUUGAAGCUCAGUUUAUGUCGAAUAGUAAUGCAGGGCAGGAAACCAGUAGUUGUUUUCUCCUAUGUGAUUUAUUUUUCUAUUUUUUGCUUUUUGCUUGUUAAUUCUUGUUAAAUGUUGUAUUUAUCGAUUUACACCGCUUUUAAUAAAUAUUUUUAAAUUAU